AUGGCUUCUCCCCCGAACAACGAUGCCUCUGGCAGCAACGAUGAUGGCACCAAGCCUCUCAACAAGGCCUUCUCCAAGGUCGACCUCGACGGACACAAUCUGCCUCCCUCGCCCGCACCCUCCAGCCCGUCGAAUGGACGCCGGCGCUAUGCCCUCGCCACCGAGUUGGUCUACACCGAGACCAAGGACCAGUACGGCGCCUCGAGCAUCCCCAUCUACCAGUCGGCCACCUUCAAGCAGAGCUCGGCCGGCGGCGGCGAGGAGUACGAUUACACUCGGUCGGGCAACCCGACUCGCACACACCUCGAGCGCCACAUGGCCAAGAUCAUGAACGCCACGCGAGCUCUGGCAGUGGGCUCCGGCAUGGGCGCACUGGACGUCAUUACCCGCCUGCUACGGCCCGGCGAUGAGGUUAUCACGGGCGACGACCUAUACGGAGGAACCAACCGACUGUUGACAUACCUGUCUUCAAACCAAGGUAUCGUCGUCCACCACGUAGACACAACCCAAGUCGCACCCGUGGCCAAGGUCAUCUCAGACAAGACCGCCAUGGUCCUGCUGGAGUCGCCCACCAACCCUUUGAUCAAGAUUGUCGACCUGGUCGCCAUUGCCAAGAUGGUACACGAGGCCAACCCCAAGGCCCUGGUCGUGUUCGACAACACCAUGCUCUCUCCUAUGCUUUGCAACCCUCUUGAUCUUGGCGCCGAUAUCGUCUACGAGUCUGGAACCAAGUAUCUCUCUGGCCACCACGACAUCAUGGCUGGUAUCAUUGCCUGCAACGACCCGGCCUUGGGUGACAAGAUGUACUUUACCAUCAACUCGACGGGCUGUGGUCUUUCGCCCAACGACUCGUUCCUGCUUAUGCGCGGCGUCAAGACUCUGGCUAUCCGUAUGGAGAAGCAGCAGGCCAAUGCUCAAGCCAUUGCCGAAUUCCUCGAGUCCCAUGGUUUCAAGGUCCGCUACCCGGGCUUGAAGUCACACCCGCAAUACGACCUUCACUGGUCCAUGGCCCGCGGAGCUGGGGGUGUACUUUCCUUUGAGACGGGGGAUAUCAAGCUCUCGGAAAGGAUCGUCGAAGCCGCCAAGUUGUACGGAAUUAGUGUCAGCUUCGGGUGUGUCAACAGUCUGAUCAGCAUGCCGUGCAGAAUGAGCCACGCAAGCAUCGACGCAAAGACAAGGGCUGAGAGGCAGAUGCCCGAGGACAUCAUCCGACUCUGCGUCGGAAUCGAGGACGUUCAUGAUCUCAUCGAUGAUCUCUCACGCUCGCUGGUGCAAGCUGGUGCUGUUAAUAUCACACUAGACGGCUUCCACGCGACUGGAACGGCACAGAGCGUCGCGCAAGCGUCGGUGGCAAAUGCUGAAGCCUCAGAGACACCGACCUCCUCGUAG